AAAGACACAGCUGCCAACAAAGUGAAAGGGAGUGAACCAGAAGAUAAAGCACCCCGCUGUGGGAAGCCUGGCAAAAAUGAAGAUGGUGUCGGUGCUGCUGCUGCUGAGCACCCUCCUGGGCAUCCCUGCAGUCCCUUCCCAGCGCCCUGCUUGUUACAAGAGGGCUCUCAAGGAGCACAGCUGCCACAGCAUCCCCGGGAGCACCCACAGCCUCCGACACGUCCAGGGUGGGCUGCAAGACCACUUCUGGGAAGGGAAGGGCUGUGAGGUCAUCUGUUACUGCAACCUGAACGAAUUGCUCUGCUGCCCAAAGGAUAUUUUCUUUGGAACAAAGAUAUCGUUUGUGAUCCCCUGCAACCGUCAGUGAUUCAAGUCUGCAAGUGAAGAUAACAAACAUUCUACGAUCAUGUAAUAAUAUUUUCAGGGGGAAAAACAAAAUUAUCACCACAAAAAACCCUUUCCUUUCUAACCACAAGUCACUGCCUCACUUUACACUGUAGAAAGAACUUCCUUUCUCUACCUUUAUGGAAUAUCAAAUAUGUAAGAAGUUUUCUUUUCAAAUCUGGUAGCUAGUUUCCAUAAAGCUAUUUCCAUGGUUUAACAGAUUGUACAAGCUCUUAAUGUAUCCUAAUAUGCAUUCCCCAGCAAAAAGCAUAACUCUUCUUACUCAGCACACUAGUUUGGACAAAGAAACUUCAAGCCUAAGCCUUCAUGUUGUUAGGAACAUGACUGUCAGAGCAACUUACAGCAGUGCAGCUUCCUACUCCAUUAUUGCCAUCACACUUUUAAUGCCAUUUUAAGCUGAAGCCACUCAGUCCCUGGCACUUGUGAAGAGAGGCUCCCAUGUUGUGUUUAGGCAUUUUAGAAUACAUGCACAUACAAAAGGCAUGCAUUUCCAUAUUUGAAAGUAUUUAACUGGAAUAAAAAUAAUAGUAAAAAUUGACAUUAACAGUACUAAAGCACACUUAUGUCUAAUGGGUCACAUGCCUUGACUAUACAAUCUCUAAACCCUUAAACUGCUUAAUCUUAGCAUUCAACAUUUAAAAAUAUUAGAACAACAGAUUUUUAAAUCAAGCUCUAUUGGAAAUACAGUAUAACAAAAUUAAUUUAAAAUGCUGUCUUUUUUAGGCUAGCCCUGUAAGGCAAUAGCUAUAGAAAACACAGAGAUAAUCAUCUGAAUAUUCAAGAGGUAUUGAGAUCUGAGACAGACACAGAGACAUAAAUUUUUGACCAUUUUUUGUUAUAUGGCAAUCUGUAUUGGCAGGUGUUGAGAGGUGACCACAAAAUUUUAAGCAGAGUCACCUGAACAAGCCACUCUUACAGGCAGCAAGCCUGACUUGCUGCCUUACACAUAUAAACUCUCUAGCUAUCAAGUCAGUCCCAUGGAAAGCAUGCAGUACUGAAGGAGCUGUGCAGUCUUCUCAAAAAAAUGCACUGUUCACUUAGUAAUCCAAACUGAUACCACCAGUUCACCACACGUGCUUCAU